UUUAUAGGGAAUGUGCAUAUUGAUUUUGACUGGUAUGGACACUCAAUAAGACAACUUCUAAUAAUUUGUUCAGCAAGUAUGAUUCUACAUGAGUUCAAAGAGUCUUUAAAAUCUGCUGACCAAAACCUGGAUAUUCCACACAUUUUCUGUGGGGAUUUCAACAUAGAACCACAAUUCCCUGCCUAUAAAUUGCUCAGCUCUGGCAGACUAGAUAAAGAUGAUCUGGAAAAGCUAGAAACCACUGAUUAUAUAAAAUACUAUGAAAGUAUUUGGAUACCACCACCAGAAACAAACAAGAUUUCAGAGAAAGAAAAGGCAAUUUUGUGUCACUUAAACAAGUAUUUUGUGAAUCCUUUGAAAACAGUAAAAAGUUCAUACAAAACAGUUCUGGGUAGAGAACCAGAAGUAACCAAUCACGAAGGUGGAAAGAACUACUGGAUACUGGACUACCUGUGGUAUUCCUCAGAUUCCCUGUGUCCUACAUGUGUAUUGGAUGUGGUACCACUCUCUCUAGUAAAAAGUGUAGUUGGUUUACCGAAUGAGUUCUUCCCUUCAGAUCACCUCUCUCUAAAAGCCUCUUAUCAUUUUGUAAAUUAGAGAAUUACAGUCAACUAAUUACAGUCUCGAGUAAUGUACAGCAACCAAUCUGAGCAAGAGAAAAUGAAUUAAGAGAAGGAAUUCGAAACUCUGGUAUUCAUGCUUGUAACCAUGAAUACCAGAGAUUACUUUUUGUAGUUCAUUUCAGGGGCGGAUCCAGGAAUUUGUUCAGGGAGGGGUGCACUGCACAAAGUUAACCCAGGGAGGGGUGCACCCCUUAGAAUCAAAGGGAAAAAACAUUAUUUUGCAUUGGUUAUCUUCGAAGUAGGGGCACAGAGUUGAACCAGGGAGGGGUGCGCACCCCCUGCACCCCUCCCUUGGAUCUGCCACUGCAUUUUAUCUUUCUUGGAUUUGGAAUAUAAGCACCAUUUGAUACUAUUUUAAGAAUCACAUUAGCCAUUUCUUGUUUUUGUGCAUGAGCGUACUGAGCCCUCUACACUGUUUGCUCACAAUUUGUUUUCAUUUAAGUAAAAGAAGUCAUUAACAAAGAUUUUUUAAGUGUUCGUACGAAAAGGGUUUUACAUCUUUUAUUAUUGAAAUAAAAUUAGGCAAAGAAAGUGUAACACUUGCCAAUCACAACUAAUAUAAUAAACUUUUGACCCUUUAA